AUGAGACAUUUCAGGAUGUUGUCAGUAUCGUUGAGUAUUAUCACCAUGUUAUUAUUUUGCAUCUCUUGCACAGAAUCCUUACCGAUUUCGCAGGCACUGCAAUUCGAUUACGAUGAGAAUCCGUUCAGUUUAUUGCGAUGGAAACGAUUCCAACCAAGAGGCCAUAAUAUUCCGAACUGGCGUCAGAUGAGACGUAAUCGUCACGUGCAACACCAGACAUUGCCUCAACCAAGUCGUUUCAGUUUCUUCGAUGAGCCUGGCAGACCGAUUAUGAUGCAAUUUUAA